AAAUUUAACAAGGUGAAGACAAACUUGGCUUUUCUUCUUUCCUACGAUUUUCCAUUAAAAUACACAUGCAAGAUCCCACGUGGCAUAAAUCUAUAACAUCAAAGUCCAAGGUCCCAAAAAUCUCCAACGUGAAACUUGAAUUGAAUAGUCUUCUUUCUCGUGUUCUUCCUUUCCCCCCGAAAGUGAAGGAACAAAUUCACUGCACCUCUAAAAAAAACCCACAAAUAAAAAUCUUCACCAAUCAAAAACAACCCCAGAAAUUCUCCUUCAAAAACAAAGAAAACCCAGAAAUAUCUCCUUCAAAAAACCAAAAAAAAUGGAAAAAAUCUCUCACAGAAAAAUCCCAGUAAAUGGCAUAAACAUGCACAUAGCAGAAAUCGGCGACCCCACAAAACCAACAAUCCUCUUCCUCCAUGGAUUCCCUGAGCUCUGGUAUUCAUGGCGGCACCAGCUUCUCGCCGCCGCCGCCGCCGGUUACCGCGCCGUCGCACCGGACCUUCGUGGGUACGGUGACACCGACGCGCCGCCGUGUUCUUCGAGCUACACCUCGUUCCAUGUCGUCGGAGAUUUAAUCUCUCUCCUCGAUUUUCUUGAAAUUGAUCAAGUUUUGUUGGUGGGUCAUGAUUGGGGUGCGAUUAUUGCUUGGCAUUUCUCUCUGUUUCGGCCUGAUAGAAUUAAGGCGUUGGUUAAUUUAAGUGUUCCGUUUUCGCCCAGGAACCCUAAUCGGAAACCUGUUGAUGGGUUGCGUAAAUCUCUUGGAGAUGAUUUUUAUAUCUGUAGAUUUCAGGAACCUGGAGAGAUGGAGGAAGAAUUUAACAGUAUCGAUACUGCUAGAUUAAUGAAGCAAUUUCUUGUAUCCCGUGAUCCAAAGCCUCCUUGCAUACCUAAAGGAAAAAUGGCAGCAAGUGCACAAAAGGCUAUUACUUUGCCUCCAUGGCUUUCAGAGGAUGACAUCAACUAUUUUGCUGAAAAGUUCAAACAGACAGGCUUUACUGGUGGUCUGAACUACUAUCGAGCCAUGAACCUGACUUGGGAGCUCAUGGCACCAUGGACAGGGGUGCAGGUUAAAGUACCUGUUAAGUUCAUUUUGGGGGAGCUGGACAUAACCUAUAGUUUUCCGUACAUGAAGGAUUACUUACACAAGGGUGGAUUCAAGAGAGAUGUACCACUUUUGGCUGAGCUUGUUGUAAUGGAAGGAGCUGCUCACUUCAUCAAUCAAGAAAAGCCGGAAGAAAUAAGCAAUCAUAUUUUGGAAUUCUUUGAAAAGUUUUAAUCCUCUGGUAUUUCUCAAGAUGCUCUUUGGCUUGCUUGAUGCAUUCAAAUUAAAACUUUUGUCGUUUUAGAAAGAGCAUAACGUGCUCUAAUUAGUUGUAUACAUGAUUUACAAAGGUGUUGAUAUGGUGUGUCCCAUAUACAGUGCUCUUUGGGAUCUUCUCCUUUUCCAUUGUAUAGUGUUUAAGUACCCCUCUUUGUCCCAAUUGUUGAGAUUCAAAUAAGUUGAAUACAUCUUUUUCUUGCCACAAUGUCUGAA